AGGUAGACCGUAAAAGGGGGUCAGCCAAACUCGUCUAUAUAACGGUACUUGACGCUCUGUGUGGACAUUUUGUCAAAAUAUCUUCUGUGUAAGCAGCCCGCUCUUUCAAAGAACAUCUCCAAUCGGGUGAUAUUUUGUUACGAAAUUUUUGCGAACCUCCACAAAUAUGUGGUCCAGGUCGCCAACAGUUAUCGUUCUACUGACGACAUCUUUAAUGAAUUCGGUAGUGUCGUCUCGCCACCUCCUACAGAUUCCCGAUGUUUCGAGUAAUUUUAAUGUCUUCGUUCGAGCCAUCCCUAGCAACUCUCAACAGAACAGACCCGAACCAUUACAGCAAUAUCGGCCACCCAUCUUCGCUGAGUUACCUCAAUCUUCUAAACCACAAAUCCAAAUGGAAUCUUCACCGCAAGUAACUCAAUAUCAACCACCUUUGUUUCCAUUACCUCAAUCCCAUCCUCAACCACACCCACCUCAAACACCGAAUCAACAGGUGAUUUACGUAGGCGGGCAGCAAGGUGUUUACUCUCAAGUUGGAGCUCCUUCACCUUCCCAGCAAGGUGUACCAGCUUCUAAGGGAGUUGAGAGGAAGGUUGUAAAACCAGCACAGCAACUCAUUCAGAAAGCACCCGCCUCGGAGAUUCAAUUCGAUAAAGCAACAGGUGCUAAAGAAAAAGAUUCGAAACCCGAUGACGAAUAUGUAGUUUACUAUUACUACUAUUACGAUAAUGACACAAAUAGUAAUAAUUUGACACUGGACUUUGACAAUAUUCCCGAUCUAGAAUCUUAUGAUCAGAAAAAUGACAGCAAAACUAACGCAUCACAAUAUGAGACCGCUAGACAAUUAUCUCCAGUUACUGUCUCUUCUUCUAUCAGUACAGCGCAAUCGGUAGAGGUAGUAGGACAACCACUCCUACAUAGACCAGUAGCAGAAAAGGCCACUACAUCGAGUCCAAAAGGUGCCACGGCUAUAUCUGUAUCAGUAUCUGUAUCGGAAGGCACUGAAGUACAGCCGGUUCGGAACGUGUUUCGAUAUGGAAGCAACGACGUUCCAAGAGUUCCUGUAACACCCAACUUAGUAGAUCCUCUUGAAGAACCGGAAGUUACCCCAGAUGGUAUAAAUACCACCCAAAAUGCCACUACAACAUCGUCAUCGGCCGAAUUACAAUCUCCACCCGCAACAGAAGACGUCUUGACUACCUCUAUCCCAGCUAGUCAGGAAGAAAAACAAGGUAGUAAGAAUGAAAUAGAAGAGGAAACACAAUCGGAGGAGGUCACCACUCAGGAUUAUACAACAACUACGGAAACUACUACUACGACUGAACUGACAACAACCACAACAGAAAGAGGAAGAUUAGGUAAUAUAGGAAAGAGGAAACGAUUCAGAACCACUGCAGCCAGUUCUAGUCGAAGAACAACACCCAGCACGACGACACAGUCAACUAACGAAGCCACAGCUGAUAGAAGGCCAGGUUUCAGACCUCCAACUAGAAACCGCUUCUCACGCCCAGGAGCACCGAUAGCGCGAACUCGGCCUGGUUCUACUAAUAAUAGAAAAUUCGGGGAUAAUUCAUUAUCAGAUACAACAACAUCAUCAUCAGUAGCAACAGCUACAAAGAAUCGUUUCGGAGCUACAACAAGAAGAAGCUCUUCACGCGUUAACCCCACUAAACCAUCACGAACCACUCAACCACGAGCUCGUGCUACAGUAAAACCUCCGGUUAAUAUUUUAAGUAACAGACAAAGGAGUCGGCCAUCAUUUUUUCGUCCCAGAAACAAAAAGGGGGAAACCGAAACAACAACAAUAGCCGAAACGGAAACACCAGCACCCACUACAGCAACUAAAAUUACAGAAGUCUCAGCAACAACAGCCACUACAAAAGAAGCUGAAGAAGAGAUAACAAUAAAGGAAACACCAGAAGAAACAGAACAACCACCACCACCAACAACAACAGCUACACCAGAGAACCGAUUUUCUGGUUUGUUCCGUUCAAGACCUAGGCCUAACUUACUGGGAAAUCGUCCACGUCCGAACAUAUUAAGUAGGCCAAGAACUUGAAAAUUUCAGGAGAAAUUUUCAUAUCCAAAUUUUCUGUAAUUUCUGCCGAACGGAAAAAGUAACACAAUAAUUAAAAUGCCAAAAAUUAUGCACUUCUGCUUUCUAUAAAAUCACAUCUAUGGUUAUAAACAGAUGCAUUAUACUAGGCUUACCUAUAGUUUACAGCACAUUAACCUACAGUAUAACGAUUAUAAAAUAUUUAUAACCGUUAUACCGUUCUAACAUAAAACGUAAUUAUUAUAUUUUACAUUAAAAAAAAACAUAAUAAUAAUACACAUAUAAAAUACGAAUAAUAAACAAAUAAAUAAAUAAAUUCAAAAUUUUUCAUUUAUGUUCAAUAACUGACCGUUAUUUUAAAAUUUAACGUUUCCGAUUGGUUAUAGAAAUUCAAACUGACCAAUACGACAAUCUGAUACUUGUAUUACGUUUAUUCAACGUCAUUAAUUCGUUCGGUCCGGCGAUUGGUUGUGGAAAAUUCAAACUGGCCAAUAAGUGGUUGGUCUCUUAUUUAUCCUUUUAUUAAUGGCUAAUAUCAGCGAUUUAAAUUUUAAUCAACAAUAGAGACUGUUUUAUAUUAAAUUUUAUAGUCAUAAAAUAUUUUUACAUACGAAAAUUUGUAUUGACAAGUGAUAUAUAUAUAUAUAGGAUGACGAUGUCGUGUAUGUCGAUGACUGUAUUUUUUUUUUCGUUUAUUUUAUGUAAUAAAUCGUGAUUA